AUGUUUGUUUCCAGACAAGCCACGGCUCUUCUUUCCGCAGUCCCGUUGCCUGCAGUAGUGUCCGCUAAAGUGGAUAUCGCAUGGUACCCUCCAGCGCGAACUGACAUCAACGACCUGGACAAGGUCCUGAAAGGCAAGGACAUCUAUGGCUUCAUAUAUGACUCGUCCGAGACGCCUGAUGACCAGUACGGGAGUUAUAACUGGUGCAACAUGCCUCAUGUUCGAAGGAAGGAAUACGUGCGCCCAUCUGACGAGUACGAGCUGCACUACGUCGAGCUGAUUCAUCGCCACCAUAAACGGACCCCAUAUAGCUCCAACGCUUUCCCGAUCGAGUCCUAUCAAUGGAAUUGCGAUGAUGUCGGCCUUUACUACCACGGCCAGGGCUGGAAAAGGGAUGCUCAUGGGCCCGCCCGCACGUACUGGCAGGGCUACAUCUCAUCCACUAACCCCUUCGUACCGGAAGGCUGGAUCGGGACCUGCCAGUUCCCACAGAUCACGGCAGAGGGUCUCGACGACUCCUGGGUCCAUGGCGCGGAUUUGUACCAGGUCUACCACGAUCUCCUCGGCUUCUUGCCGAGUCGUAGCGAGGAUUGGUCGAGAACGGUAAAGUAUCGAGUCACGAACAAUGUCAUCACGAGCCAAGUUGCCGGCAUGGUUGUGAACGGCAUGUGGGGAACCAGUGACCCUUCUUCUGCCAUUGAUAGCCUUGAGCCCAAGUAUAGCUGCCGUGCAGGUUCUCAGGCUUUUGAUGCAAUCAAGUCAAGCGCCAAUCCGCACUGGAAAAGGCAUCUAGACGCUGCCUCAGGUCUUUACGCCACCUUGGACGAUAUCUCCGGUGUCUUGGAGUCCGACAACGGUUUUCAUGAAUCCUUCGACCACUACUACGAUAACCUAUCGGCCCGCCAAUGCCACUCUAAACCUCUUCCUUGCAAGCUCGUGAACGGGGUCAACAGUACCACCUGCGUUACGCAAGAACUCGCUAACGCAGUCUAUCGUAUGGGCCACUGGGAGUAUAGCCAGAUGUACCGUGACGCACCAACGUCUCUAAGGACCAGCGCUGCAAAUUAUGGGGUCUGGAUCGCCGAGCUCGCAGCCAACAUGCGCAAGGCCGUGGAAGGAAACAGCCCCGUCAGGUACAUGCACAACUUGGCGCACGAUGGCUCCGUAUCUAGGGUCCUCUCCAUUUUACAAAUCGACACUAUGAUAUGGCCCGGAAUGGGCUCAGAAGUGGUCUUCGAGAUGUGGAAGAAGCCAAGCCCUCCUGAUCACGGGUGGAAUCCUGAGAGUUUUCACCUGUUCGGAGAAGCCGCCAACACUUUCACCCCUAUCCUCCAUCGCCCUUUCCUUACGCUGCUUUAG